CUCUCGCCACUUCUUGAAAGCAAGAAGUUAGCUGUCCCCUUAUCCACUGCACUGCACCGGAGUAACUAUCUUUCCCACGAAACUCCAACAUUUCAAGAUGGUGGCUGUUUGAUUGGCUGGUAAAGAUGGGGUCUUUUUCUCUUCAUUCUUCUUGCUUGGCAAAGCCUACGCUCCGAUGGAGUAAUGACUGCUUUCAGAACCUGAACAGUCUCAAGCUUUCUGCUCUGCAGCAGAGAAGACCCAAUUUUCACUCACGCAAAGCUUCAAAAGUUCUUGCUUUCUAUGGGUUGAAGAGUCCUCCAUAUAAACUUGAUGCCCUUGAACCAUACAUGAGCAAGAGGCUUCUGGAAACACACUGGGGAGAACAUCAGCGUGGUUACGUGGAAGGUUUGAACAAAGAACUUGAGAAGAAUGAUAUAUUAUAUGGCUACACUCUUGAUGAACUUGUCAAAGUAACUUACAACAAUGGGAGCCCACUACCGGAGUUCAAUAAUGCUGCACAGGUUUGGAAUCACGACUUCUUUUGGGAAUCAAUGCAACCUGGAGGUGGAGGCAUGCCAGAACUGGGUCUUCUUCAGCAGAUUGAAAAGGACUUUGGCUCAUUUACCAAUUUCAAGGAGAAGUUCAUCGAAGCUGCUCUGUCACUGUUUGGAUCAGGCUGGGUUUGGCUUGUCUUGAAGAGACGAGAAAAGCGACUUGAAGUAGUGAAGACAUCAAAUGCUGUCAACCCGAUUGUGUGGGAUGACAUUCCAUUAAUCAGCUUGGAUGUGUGGGAACAUGCUUAUUACCAAGAUUACAAGAAUGAUCGAGGGAAAUAUGUUAAUGCAUUCAUGAAUCACCUCGUGUCUUGGCAUGUCGUGACAGCCCGGAUUAUCCGUGCGGAGGCCUUUGUUAAUUUAGGCGAACCCAAGAUCCCCGUUGCAUGAUAUACUUCAACUUCAAGAAGCUGCUGUUUAUGUAGUCUUGCGGGAUAUAGACGUAGGUCAUGGAUGAGUUUUUUAAGGACACAGAACAGGAUUUAGUUAAAUUCUUUUCCCCCAAAUUUUCCUCUCUCUCUCUCUCUCUUUUUGCUUUUUUCUUUUUUCUAUAUAACAUGUUCAAGUAGAAAAUUUAGAUGCUCUAGAUUUCUCAAUGCAUAAUCUUGUACGUCUGAUAAACACGCAAGCGGCUGUGCUGUAUCAAUUUGUGAUCAUAGCUGAGGCAGAGAUUAGAAAUUAGAAACUUGCCGCCCCAUUUUUUGUUGUUCUAAA